CUCUUUCUUUCGGGGCUUGAGAGAAAAACUACAUUACCAUUUUCUUUUUCUGAAGAGGAGCUGCUGCAAAGAGCAAGAGCGACAAGAAGAAUAAGAAUGGGAGAGAUAAAAGAAGGGAAAGUGAGUGGAUUGAUACCAAGGAAUGAGGGUUUUGCAGUUCAUUAUCCAGGUUAUCCUUCUUCAACAUCUCGAGCUAUCCAAACUCUUGGAGGAACUGAAUCAAUUCUCAAGGCUCGUAGUUCACAAUCUAAUACGUUGGAACUGUAUUUUCGCCCUGAGGAUCCAUACUCACAUCCUGUGUCAGGAGAGCUUCGUUCUUGUCACAGUAUGUUAUUGAAAAUUACUAAAAAGAAGAAGUCAAGUCCCAUUAAUGAUGCAAAGCAAGAAACAGAUGAGUUUCAUGCUGAUAUUGUUGCUAGAAUACCAGAGGCAUAUUACUUUGAGGGAAUGGCAGAUUACGAGCAUGUUGUUCCAGUUCAUGCUGAUGUUGGCAGGAAGAGAUGGAAGAAUUGUAAAAAACCUGGUCUAAUGGAUUUGGGUCCGGAUGAUGUGAUGAUGCUACCGCCUCCACUUUUUUCACUCAAAGACGUGCCAGAAAAUAUUGUGUUAAGACCACCAUCAACAUCAAGUUCAAGAAAGAAACAAGAUGAACUUCCAGAAACUCAUCCCAAGAUGACCUUUGAGCCAGCGCUUGGUAUUGAUUUUAAGGAUGUUGAAGAGAUUCCUAAGGAAAUAAAUUGGAAGGAAUUCAUAACAGAAGGCACACCAAUGUGGGAGUGGCAGAUGGUUGUAUCUAAGCUGUUUGAGGAGCAGCCUAUAUGGCCCAAAUAUUCACUGAUUGAACGCUUGCUUGAUAAGAAUCUUAAAUUUACCUACCAGACACUUAAAAGGCUUCUGCUCACAGUCGGGUACUACUUUUCAGGUGGACCAUUUCAGAAGUUCUGGAUCAGAAAGGGAUAUGAUCCUCGCAAAGAUCCCGAUUCUCGCAGAUAUCAAAGCAUUGGUUUUCGAGUACCGCCUGAAUUAAAAAGUUACUGUGAUGCUAACACUGCCAAAGGGACCAUGGCAUUGAGGAUGAUGGAUGAUACCACACCUCUUCCUAGAGAAUAUUAUAAGCUUGUGCAAAAGAGUUCUAUUGACAUCAAAUCACUGUCAACAACUAGGCCAACCUCAUUCCUAUACCAAGGUCUUUGGAUUGGCAAUGAUAGAUGCUGCUACUUGAAGCUUAUGAUAUGCCAAUUGACAUGCUUGAAGCAUAGAUGGGAGGAUUUAUGCAAAUUUCGAUUUUUUCCUUACAGAAACCAAUAUUCUUUCCAGGUGUAUGAACUUGAUGAUGAUUACAUUCAACAAGAGAUACAAAAGCCUUCGAAGCAGACAAGUUGCAUUGUGAGGUUCCUAUCACUAUACCCAGAAACUGGUGCGGAAAAAUUUCUCAAAGCUGCUUCUGAGAAAUUUAUGAAGUCAAAGAGAUUAUGCAUUUACAAAGAUGCACCAAAACCUGUUCAGGAGGAGCAUCAGCAAACUAAUGAAGAUCAUGAAACCUUUAAAAACAAUGAAGCUAGUGAAAAUCAAGUUGAUGUUGAGGUGGACGAACUCGAAUCUGAUGAUGGUGAAGAGGAAUUGGAUACAUGGAAUGGAUUUGGCUGGUGAGGCUGGCAAUAUUUCGUUGAAUUUUUAUUCCUGUAUCCUUUUAUCAUUCCCAUCCUUUGUUAUGUUUUAAAUGUGCACAGAAGAAAAAAAAUUUGCAGUAAGUAUCUCUCUAUAGCAAUGUUUUUUUUUAUUGAAACCUGCCCUUAUAUUGUUGCUGCUUUGUGUGUCCUAUAUAUACACACCUGCAUCUAGCUAUGGAGAACACCUCGACAAGCUAUUUGCAACAACUCUUAAAUAGUUUCCCAUCGAUGGACGCCAGUGUUGACAAAAAGCAAGAUGGUGAAAGCAGUGAUGGGGAAUAUCAGAUAUACGAGCAGGAUAAUGAUGAAAAUGACCUUGUUAACAACGACGACUGACUGACCUAAUCCACAAAGCUCUGUGUACAUAUGUAGAGUAAUCUUGCUUCAAGAGAGGCUUGACCAUGUUAGUCUUCUGAAGCCAAACAGUUCUUGUAUUGCAGCUCUGUUAUGCAAAGCCUUGAAUUGAAGUGGUCGUGACCCACUGAAACUCACCUGUAACUAUACUACAUCUGGAUCUUAUGAGAAACAAUAGUUAAGUUGCUCACCUACAAACGGCAAUUUCUUCUGUAUUUGUAAGUUGGCAUCCAAUUUUUAUAGUUCAUUGAUCCAAUUAUUGGCCAUAGAAAACUUAAUGGAGUUGAAAAGUUGUCUCAAGGAUUUGAAUUUCUAAUGUAAGAGGACAUCUUUCAUGUCGAAAAUUCUAGACAAUUGACAUUUGCUUCGCUUGGUAUAUAUGAAUCUAGGAUGACAACAGUGGAGAAUUUUGUAUUUUCA